GGUUGUUUUCGUACUUCUUGUCCCGAGGACUUUGGGUUGUGCUUUGAAUUUCCCUCCUUCGGUGUUACGGACAAGCGGCUUGACGAGGGGUUCGUUUGGCUGUCUACCAAACCAUUAGCAUAACUCUGCUAAUUGUGGCUAACUAGCAUAGACGGGCCCCGUGGGGGAGUCACUUUGUUUUCCCCGCAAGUUAAGCAACCAUAUUUAUUUUUUUAUUUUUUAUUUUUUAAAGCGAGGGAAUUAAUUUAUUAAUAUGGAUCAACACACGGGGAACUCUGCAUCAGCUGCUGGACUCAAGAAGGACAAGAAGUCGAAGAAGGGUAACGACGAUGGAGACAGCAAAAAGAAAUUUAAACUGAAACGGCUGAUUCCUGAUGAGUUGGAACGCUUCACCAGCAUGCGAAUAAAAAAGGACAAAGAGAAACCGAACCAGUUUCCAAGCCAGCGACAUUCUUCAGCUGCCAACUACGACAUUGGCCCUCAAGGUGGCAUGAUGGAAUAUUCUGACGAAUACAUCCUGGACCUCUUUGAACAGAUGCUGGUGGACAUGAACCUGAACGAGGAAAAGCAGCAGCCUCUAAGAGAAAAAGACAUUGGGAUCAAACGAGAGAUGGUCUCCCAGUAUCUCCACACCUCUAAAGCUGGCCAAAACCAGAAGGAGAGCUCCAAGUCAGCGUUGAUGUACAUCCAGGAGUUAAAGGCAGACUACAGAGGUCAACCACUGCUCAACUGUCUCGAAUCCUUAAGAGUCUCACUCAACAACAACCCUGUCAGUUGGGUGCAGAAUUUUGGAAAUGAGGGCUUGGCUCUGCUUCUGAAUUUACUAAAUAGACUACAGGAGGAGAAAGAUGAAAACCCACCGAUGGGGGUAAAAUGUCAGCACGAGAUAAUUCGCUGUUUGAAAGCCUUUAUGAACAACAAGUACGGUUUAAAAUCCAUGUUGGAGUCGGCUGAGGGAAUUCCUCUGCUGGUCAAAGCCAUCAACCCCAGGGUGCCCCACAUGAUGGUGGAUGCUGUGAAACUGCUUUCUGCCAUCUCCAUCCUGGAACAUCCCGAAAACCUCCAUGAGCGUGUCUUGGAGGCCAUUACUGAAGAAGCUGAGAGACGGGACAUUGAGAGGUUUCAGCCUCUUCUUUCUGGCAUAAACAAUCAAAAUAUUGCUCUUAAGGCUGGCUGCAUGCAGCUGAUCAACGCUUUAAUCAGCCGGGGAGAAGAGUUGGACUUUAGAAUCCAUAUUCGUUCUGAACUUCUAAGACUUGGACUUAGAGACAUCCUGAAGGAGGUGCAGAAGAUCGAAAAUGAAGAACUGAAGGUGCAGCUCAUGGUGUUUCAUGAGCAGGCUGAGGACGACUCCGAGGACCUCAAAGCUCGUCUUGAUGACAUCCGCAUCGAAAUGGACGAUGUGAGGGAAGUGUUUGACAUUUUGGCAAACACAGUGAAAGACUCCAAAGCUGAAAUCCACUUCAUGUCUUUGAUGCAGCACCUGCUACUGAUCCGUAAUGAUUAUUUGGCCAGGCCUCAGUACUACAAGUUGAUUGACGAGUGUAUCGCUCAGAUUGUGCUACAUAAGAAUGGAGCAGACCCUGACUUCAAAUGCCGUCACCUCGAGUUGAACGUAGAAAGCUUGAUAGACAAUAUGGUGAAUCAAACCAAAGUGGAAAUCAGUGAGACAAAAGCCACUGAGCUGGAGAAAAAGCUGGAUGCAGAGUUGAUGGCACGCCACGAGUUGCAGGUGGAGCUGAAGAAACUGGAGGGUGAUUAUGAACAGAAGCUGCUGGACCUCAGCCAGGAGAAAGAACAGCUGGCCACUUCCAAGCAGGAGCGAGAAAAGGAAAAUCAGGCACUACAGCAAGAUCUAAGCUCAUUGCAGAAACAGAUUGAAAAGCUCUCAAAAGAUCUGGAGGAGGCCAAAACUAAAGUUGUUACAGUUACUGUUCCUGUGCCAACGCCUGGUUUUCCCCCUCCACCGCCUGCCCCUCCCUUGCCUGGUCAGAAUGCAGGUAUGCCCCCUCCACCCCCACCCCCACCCUUACCUGGCAUGGGGUCAUUACCUUUUCCCCAGCCUCCACCCCCUCCUCCUUUACCAGGUCAAACCGGUGUUCCUCCCCCUCCUCCUCCACCUCCUUUACCUGGCAUGCCAGGCCCUCCCCCACCCCCACCUCUUCCUGGCAUGCCAGGACCACCACCACCCCCACCCUUGCCAGGUAUGGGACCUCCACCGCCACCACCUCCGCCUGGUGUUCCAGGUAUUCCUCCUCCACCACCUGGCCCAGGUAUACCCCCACCUCCACCAAUGGGCGUUUGGAUUGCCCCUGCACCACCUGCACUACCGUUUGGACUCCAACCUAAAAAGGACUACAAGCCUGAGGUCCCAAUGAAGAAAGCAAACUGGAGCAAGAUUGAACCAGAGGAUCUCAAUGAGAACAGUUUCUGGAUCAAAGCCAAUGAGGACAAGUUUCAAAACAAUGAACUCUUUGCUAAACUCACCUUUACGUUUUCCUCUCAAACAAAGAGCAGCAAAGCUAAAAAAGAGCAGGAUGGGGGAGAUGAGAAAAAGCAAGUGCAAAAGAAGAAGGUGAAGGAGCUGAAGGUUCUUGAUGCUAAGUCUUCUCAGAACCUCUCCAUUUUCCUGGGGUCGUUUCGCCUCCCAUAUGAACAGAUUAAGAACGCCAUCCUGCAAGUCGAUGAGAAGAUUCUCACAGAGUCCAUGGUUCAGAACCUGGUCAAACAGCUUCCAGCACCAGAUCAACUGGCUAUCCUGGCAGAGAUGAAGGAUGAAUACGAAGAUCUGGCUGAGUCUGAACAGUUUGGAGUAGUGAUGUCUAGCGUGAAGCGACUGAUGCCGCGACUUCAGGCCAUCCUGUUCAAGCUGCAGUUUGAGGAGCAGCUGAACAACAUCAAGCCAGAUGUUGUUUCUGUGGUAGCAGCCUGUGAGGAGCUCAGGAAAAGUGAAAGCUUUGCCAGGCUGCUGCAAAUCAUCCUUCUUGUUGGGAACUAUAUGAAUUCUGGCUCCAGGAAUGGGAAAGCGUUCGGCUUUUCCGUCUCUUACCUGUGCAAGUUACGUGACACCAAAUCAGCGGACCUGAAGCAAACCCUGCUCCAUUUUCUUGCCGACGUGUGCCAGGAGCAGCAUCCCGAUGUCAUGAGCUUUCCUGACGAGCUUAUUCAUGUGGAAAAGGCCAGCAGAGUUUCUGCAGAAACAAUUCAGAAGAAUCUCGAGCUGAUGGGCCGUCAAAUCAAGAACCUGGAGAAAGAUCUGGAAACCUUUCCCCCUCCACAAAAUGAAAAUGACCUCUUUGUGGAAAAGAUGUCUAGUUUUGUAAGUGUUGCUCGAGAACAGUACGAGAAGCUGGAUUUGAUGCACAAGAGCAUGGAGAAACAAUACACCGAUCUGGGAGAAUAUUUUGUCUUUGACCCAAGGAAAAUCUCAGUGGAGGAAUUCUUUGGAGACCUGAGCAACUUUAAAAACAUGUUCCAGCAAGCUGUACAAGAGAAUCAGAAGAGGAAGGAAUCUGAAGAGAAGAUCAAGAGGGCCAAACUGGCGAGAGAAAAGGCAGAAAAGGAGAAAGAGGAGAAACUGAAAAGAAACCAACUUCUUGACAUCACUGGAGAGGGUGAUGAGACUGGCAUCAUGGAUGGACUGUUGGAGGCACUGCAGUCCGGCGCUGCUUUCAGGAGAAAGAGAGGACCCAGACAAGCAGCCAACCACCGGCGAGCUGGUCAAGCAGUGACCAACAUCCUGGCCCAAGAGCUGAUGCAGGAAGAUGCACCUUUGUCCAGUAAAAUCCCCGCCAAAAAGGCAAAGACUCAGAAGGAGGAGCUGAAACUGGAAGGAGCCGAAUCCUUAGAGGAGUUACUGGAUGCUGCCGCCUCUCGCUCCAACUAG